AAAAUAUUCAACUUCUGUUGCGUGAAUGUUAAUUUUCCUUUCUUGGUUCUUCUCUCUGGCUUUUCAGUUUCAUUCUACUUUCUGUUUGGUUGCGAAGAAAAUGGAGCAAGAAAACAGAAAAUUGAAACGAUUGCUUCCAUGUUUUUUCGCCUUUGGUUGUGUGGUUUGGUUCAUUUGGUUUUAAUUAGAUCUACAACGCUCUUUUCUGUGCUUAAUCUUUGGCUCUUUCUUCUCUAUUUGGCCUUUAUAUCUGCAGUAGCAACUAAAUGUGCCAUCUUUCUUCUUGUUUCGGUUGAUUGGAUGGAAGAGGUCCGGCGUUGGGACGAGCUGAUACCUGAUGCUCUGGGGUUAAUCUUCAGCAAUCUUUCUCUGCAAGAGAAACUAACAGUGAUUCCCAGGGUGUGCAAGUCUUGGAACAAAGCCGUGUCCGGCCCAUAUUGCUGGCAGGAGAUAGACAUUGAGGAAUGGAGUUGUCAAUGUGAGCCUGACCACCUCGAUCGAAUGGUUCGUAUGCUGGUCUCAAAAAGCUGUGGAUCCCUCCGGAAACUCUGUGUUUCUAGCCUCCGCAAUGAUACAACUUUCUCCUUCAUUGCUGAGCAUGCUGGAUCUCUUCAGAUGUUGCGACUGCCUAGAAGUGAGAUAAGUGAUUGUAUAGUUGAACAGAUUGUGGGGAAGCUCUCUACUGUUACUUUCUUGGAUGUAAGCUAUUGUAGUACAAUUGGGGCUCGCGCUCUGGAGGCCAUUGGAAAGCACUGUAAAUUGCUUGUGGGGCUGUGCCGUAACAUGCACCCAUUGAAUUCAGCAGGCAAGCUCUCACAAGAAGAUGAGGCUCUUGCAAUUGCCACCAGAAUGCCGAAGCUUAAGCACCUUGAAAUGGCUUACAAUCUUACCACCACGGGGAGUGUAAUGCGGAUCCUCUCAAGCUGCAAGGAUCUUGAAUUGUUGGAUUUGAGAGGGUGCUGGGAUGUGAAACUCGACGAUAAAUAUGUCAAAGAAAAGUUCCCCAAAUUGAAAGUUUUGGGACCUCUUGUGGUGGACUACUAUGAGAUCAAUGAGUGGGAUGAUUGCUCGGAGUACUCGGAUGCAGCAUCCGACUACUUUGCCUGGGACUUUUUAGCUAGUGAAAUGGCGGAUUAUGAUGAUGAUGACAUCUUUGAUGGAAUGUGGGACGAUGAAGGCAGGCUGGAGGAGCUUGAGCUGAGGUUCUAUGAAAGAGCUGAUGAAGAUUUGGGAAUGCACGGUUGGCCUCAGUCUCCAUAGGUUAAGUUUUCCUUCAUGUAGCUAGCAAGUAAAAUGCUUCUACUUUGGAACUUCAAUAUAAUGCUCUAUGUUUCAAUGAGAAUGGAGUUGUGUGGAUUGUGUAUUUGUAUAUGUUACUUCAUUGUCCUACUUCUCUCUUUACAAGACUAA